AUGGUUGUUCAUGAUCGUGAUAUCAGUCGAUUUGCUGAUCGAAGUCGAGAACUUUGGUCCGAUCGGACAAUGUCCGAGAUGAGAUACAAAGAAAAUGGUUUUCUUCGCUGUUGUGGAAGUUGUCCAUUUGCAUCCUUAUUGGCAUUUAUGCUCACGUUAACAGGUACAGGAAUAUUCUGUGGCUGCCUUUACUAUCCAACACGAUCGUCAAUUGAACAAAUCAAUAAUGUUUUCAAAUAUGAAUAUAUCGAUCUUGAAUGGAUUCGUAUAUUACGUUUGAGCGUUAUCUUCGUCAUGGCGAUUAUGGGCGGCUUUUCGUUGAUAUUACUUAUCGUCGGAUCGUUAGCCACAGGUGCUACUCGCCAUCAAGUUUAUACUGGAUUUCGUUCUCGACUUGGUGGUCGAAUUGUAACAGGAUUCUUUACAUUCAUUGCCUAUUUGAUGUUGCUCACGUGGUUAAUUGUUAUGAUAACUACAGUGAUACCUUGUGUCGGGUUGUAUGUUUUGAAAUCUCGUUGUGACGAAACUUGGGGAAGACCAACAUUGUCUGGUCAGCCCAACUCCGCCGCGCCCAUCGCUUGUUUGACUCCUGCAACGUACGGACUUCCUGUGCCAAGAGAGAAACCUGAUCUGAAAGUUUGUCAACAAGAAUUCAAUGAAUUGUGUACACUAACUGAACAUGCGCUACGACUCUGGAUUGGUUUAUUGGGUGCAUUUCUUGUUGUCAUGGGCUUGAUUCAUUUCCUUUGCUGUCUUGUGGCUAAUUAUGCACACAUAAAAGACGGUCGAAAAUUGCGUGAUUACGAAGAAGCUAUUCGUGAAGAAAUCGAAGUGUCAAAAUUGAAUCAAUAA